GAGGCUUCAACUGAUCAUCCAACCUGGAGAGACCCAGGGACACCUGCAGCAUGGAGAAACCGUGGAAAUGUGGGGACUGUGGGAAGAGAUUCAGUUGUCCAUCCCACCUAGAAACUCAUCGACGCACUCACACUGGGGAGAGACCGUUCAUCUGCUCCGUGUGUGGGAAGGGAUUUACUCAGCCAUCCAGCCUCAUGUCACACCAGCGAAUUCACACUGAGGAGAAACCUUUUAAACGCUCUGACUGUGGAAGAAGCUUUAGGAGCUCCAGCUGUUUAAUUCAACAUCAGGGACUUCACACAGGGGAGAGACCGUUCACCUGCUCCGAGUGUGAGAAGAGAUUUGCGUCUUCAUCUCACCUCACAAAGCACCUACGUGUGCACACGGGGGAGAGGCCAUUCACCUGUCCUGAGUAUGGGAAGAGAUUCAGGUGUUCAUCCAACUUCACAGAACACCUACGUGUGCACACGGGGGAGAGGCCAUUCACCUGCUCUGAGUGUGGGAAGGGAUUCACUUGUUCAUCCCACCUUGCUGAACACAAGCGAGUUCACACUGGAGAGAAACCAUUUGUCUGCUCCAUGUGUGGGAAGGGAUUCACUACGUCAUCCCAGCAUCUGACCCACCAGCAGGUUCACACUGAGGAGAGACCAUUCACCUGCUCCACGUGUGGGAAGAGAUUCAGCCGUUCAUCCACCCUGCAGAGACACCACCAAGUUCACACUGGGGAGAGGCCAUUCCUCUGCUCCAAGUGUGGGAAGGGAUUCACUCAGUCAUCCCACCUGCUGAGACACCAGCAAGUCCAUAAGUGACUACAGGAGUUUGAUUCUGCUGAUAAUCACA